AUGUCUGCAUCUGUGUUAUAUUUGAAGCCCAAAAAAAUAAAACAUGGCCACUUAGAUCGAACUACUCCAACAGAUCUAUUGAGGGCAUGUGAAUGUUCAAUCGAUCCGAAGUUGCUUCAAGGUUUCGGGUUUUGCUACUUCCACCUAUUCAGAUUAAUGCUUCCGAUUGACUUAAAUAAUGCCGCUUAG